AUGUCUUCAAAGGGGGGUGCAAGUCCACCCGAACGAGACCCGCAGCAAUCGUUAAUGACACGUUCACAAGCACUCUCAACAGCAUUUCUCGGUACUGCACGCGACAAGGCUAUGGGAGUUGCCCAUGCUGCAACAAGCUGGUUCACACCACCAUCCGAUUGGAGUGCACCUUUAUCGCACUUGGAGUCACUCACCACCGUCAUGUUGAAUCCAUUGGCUGCCCACCCUGUUUAUCAAAGCGAAUCAUUGGCCAAAGCCCUUCAACUCAUGCAGCAACAACAACGUCAACGGUCAUCGUCGUCUUCCUCCUCGUCUAACGGCAACGAGCUCGUACUGCACGGCACAACGAAUAGUGCCUGGCCAUCCAGCACUGAACUACUAAAGGCCGAGAUACCCGAGUCCCAUGCACCACUCUCUUUGUUUCAAGGUUUUGCUGCCACAUACCCUUCGCUUGCAGGAGCAUCAUCGACCUCUUCUUCAUCUCCGUCAAAUAAGAGAUCAAGGCAUAAACGGAAAAAACAGGCAGCUCAUGCUUCAGAGGGUCAAAAUCGUACACUGACUCAAGUCAUUGCCGAGCGAGAACAAAAGAUGCGUGAUAGUAGUAAAUUGGAAAAGCAAAAGUUGUCGACCAUGAACGAGAUGAAUCAAAUCACGAUGCAGAUUGAGGAGCUUGUCAAUAAGCGUAAAGCGUUGGAGCAAAAAUGGCAAAAACUUGAAGCAAAGGAGCAACAACUUUUGGAGACAAUUGGGCAAUUGAAUGAUGUGAUUGUGACAGUGGAAGAAGAAGGAAGAGAUACAGUGAGUGAAGGUGGUAGUUCAUCACGCGCCACGGUCCAACAGGAUACGAUAUCAGAAGACGACGCCAUCCUUUACGAGAGUGGUACCUGCUACAAGACACUUUCUGGCCAUGAUGAUGAUGUAUUAUGUGUGGAUUUCAAUCACCCACGUGGUAUCUUGGUUUCUUCUUCCAUGGAUGGUACAGUGCGUGCUUGGGAUUUGUACAAGCAUAAAUGUGUCGGCACCCUUGAAGGACCUACCAGUGUGGUGCGAUGUUUACAAUUAAACGAUGCAUGCCUGCUUACGGGUUCUGAGGAUGGAUCGAUCAAGCAAUGGAACAUGUCAGCCAUUCCACCACCACCGCCUUCCACCGAUAGCUCAGUGAUAUCAUCCAGCGAACCCACGUCUCCCGAAUUAUCAGCCAUCCCUGAAGAUCUUCCCGUGUUGAGCGAAUGUUUCACAGGUGCUUUGGAAGGCCAUCAAGCUGAAGUAACGGCAUUGUAUAUGGAUCAAACUAUGGCUGUGUCAGGUGCCAACGACAAGACUAUGCGACAAUGGGAUCUGGAAACUCAAAAAUGUGUCUUGACACUCGACGUGAUGUGGGCUAGCCAUGGUGCAUCCCCUUCAUCCUCCUCCUCCUCUUCGGGUUGGCAACAAUGGGCCAUGGAUGGAUUGCACAACUUUUUCAACACCCAGGACUUUGUUGGUGCUUUGCAAUUUUGGAACUUUGCAUUGGCAAGUGGUACCAUGGAUGGAAAAAUCAGAAUGUGGGAUUUACGCACGGGUCAAGCACAUCGUACCUUGCCUGGUCAUACAGGUCCCAUCACAUGCUUACAAUUUGAUGAAGUACAUCUCGCAAGUGGUAGUCAAGAUAAGACGAUCAGGAUUUGGGAUUUACGGACAGGCUCCGUUUAUGAUACAUUGCACUUCUCGAGUCCCGUAACAUCGCUCCAAUUCGAUACUGGCCGAAUAGUAAGCGCCAAUUGUACGGAAAACAUUGAUAUCUAUAAUCGAACUUCCUUCCAACAUACCACUUUGCAAGGGCACACCGCACAAAUCAACUCGGUUCGAUUCCGUGACAAUGUAUUGGCAAGCGGUGGAAACGACAGCGUUGUGAAACUUUGGGCUCUAUAG